AUGCCACCGCCCUCCCCCGACGCUGCCGACGCCCUGGCUUCCGUCCUGCACAUCCUCGACCGCUUCCACCACCGUCACAGGAACCAGCACCGCGUCGCAAAGUGGUGGGUGCAUUUCACCCUGCUGCGCCGCGCCCUGCGCCGCCUCGACGCCGCCAUCCUCGCCCACCAACGCCGUCUCCGGACCUCCUCCUCCUCUACCUCCUUCCUCUCCUCCUCCUCCUCCGCGGCAGCCCGCGCCCGCCCGCCCAAGACCAAACCCACCGACAACGCGGGCCCCAGAUCCAGCCGCCGAGCGCCAACCGCCCUCGAAACCUCCGAGGCCGCCGUCACAGCCCACGCCCGCUGGCUCGUCCUCCACGUCCUCCCCGCCGCCUACGUAGCCUUCACCCAGCUCGCCGCCGACGGCCAGCACGCGCCCCUCGGCCUGCUCCUCAUCGCCCUGGCCGCCCGCCUCGACGCCCUUCUCGCGCCCCUGAACCCGACCCCGCGGUCCCCCGACGCUGCCGCUGCCGCUGCCGCUGCCGCCGUGCAGCAGCAUCUGCACCCCGCCGAGCCCAACGACGACCUCGACCUCGGUGUCGCCGUGGCGCGCCCGUCGCUUGCGCCCGACGUUGCCCGAGACGGCCGUCGCGACGCCAAUGGUGAAAGUGACCCUCUCGACAGCCGCACAUCGCCACCUCUCCUGUCGCCGACAUUGUCGCCAGAAACAACCGCAAAGCUCCCCGUCUCCUCCUCCUCCUCCUCCGAACCUCUGCUCAACCCAAUACCCAAAUCCAAACCCAAAGCCAACUCCAAAUCCAACCCCAAAUCCAACCCCCAAUCCAAAUUCACAUCGAAACCCCAAGCCUCCGUAUCCAAACCAGUCGAGCCCAAGAAGAAGAAGAAGAAACCCAAAGGCGGCGACGAGUUUGCAGACCUCUUCAGCUCCCUCUUGUAA